AUGGAGAGUGUAUAUAUUUAUCUUCCUUUACAAAAUAUACUGCCUACAAGAGUCAAUUUGGCUCGAAAAUGUGUGCAGCUGGAUACUAGAUGUGUAUUUUGCAACAAUUAUGAAGAGGAUGCACUGCAGCUAUGGGGCCCGCUGCAACUUGAGGUACGUAACAACCCUUCAUCUAAUGUUCAUGCAUGGCUUCUGCAUGUUUAUGAUUUGCUGCCCAAUCACAAGCUAGAGCUCUUCUUCAUGCUUGUUUGGGCAAUAUGGGUGGAAUGUAACAAUGUUACUUGGAAGGGGACCUCCUUUUGUCCCGUGAAUACUGCUACCUGGGCUACCAAGCUCCUUGAGGACUACCAUGCGGCCCAUCCGGGGUCACCAAAGAAGAAGUCAAGGCAUAAAACUCAGUGGCAGCUGCCACCUCGAGGUAGGCUGAAACUAAAUAUUGAUGGCGCAUUUCACAGCGCUACUGGUCAAGGGGGUAUUGGGGCUCUCAUCAGGAAUGAAGAUGGUGUAUGUCUCGCUGCAAUUGCACGUCCCUUUCCCCAUGCUAGAUCCGCCUUUCAGAUGGAGUUGGAAGCCAUGAGAGCAGGACUUUUACUCAUCAUUCAUCAAGGAUUAGUCAAUGUUGAUAUUGAAACUGACUGCUCUUUGGUGAUUGCUGCACUCAAAAGUGCCACGGAGGACUACUCUGAAGUUGGUUGUAUUGUUGAGGAUUGCAAAGCAUAUCUGCAUGCAAUUUCUUCUAUUAAUCUAUACUCUGUCUAUCGUGAAGCAAACGGUGUGGCCCAUAGAUUGGCACACCUUGCUAGUGUUGAUUACUUAGAUGAUUACUGGUUAGAUGAGACUCCUGUGAUUAUCCGGGAUGCUCUCUUUGAGGAUUCUUGUACUAGUACUCGAGGUGUAGGUAAUAUGUCCCCCUCGCUGUACAAUCAUCAUUCUUAUUCUAUUAAUAAUAUUUUCGGGCGUGGGGUUGAGCCUCCCAGUUAG